AUGCCAACGAGUGGUCAGGGUUCGGGAGGUGAGGGCCAAUCCUGGACACCACCAAGGCCUGAUCAGGAUAUCGUCCAGCCUCAGGAAGUGAAUCGGGAAGCCGAGGGGCUACAUGAGCCGAUAUCCUUCAAACGAAAACAAAAACAACGAUCACGGUUCAGUCUGUCUAGCCUUCUCUCCCCUACCGCUAGCGGAUCGGAUGCUACCUUUGGCCCUGCAGCGCCGCGAGGUGGUCAGAACGGAGAUGCAUCGCCCGAUCCUUAUGGGCCGGCAGGAUUCAAUACUGGUACGGAGGGGUCAAAGUACGAUGGACCAUCAGACUGGUACGUGGAAGGCCCGGGACGGCGUGUGGGUUACGACGACUUCACCGCCAUUGAUUGGAUCUAUGAGUACACAAAGGAGCGCCAAAGGAAACGGCUCCUAUACUCGAGCGGACAAGGUAUAUUAGGCCCUGCUCGCCGACUACUUGAUGCGAGCAAUGUCUGGUUGGUGCUGAUUGCGACCGGCAUUGCGGUGGGAAUCAUCGCUGCUUCUAUCGACAUCGCAACAGACUGGUUGGGUGACCUGAAGGCCGGCUACUGCAAAUAUGGCAGUGGGGGUGGUAGGUUCUACUUGAACAAGAGCUUCUGCUGCUGGGGCCUUGAUGAUCACUCUCAGUGUCUCGACUGGACGCCUUGGGGAAAGGCAUUGGGAACCAGCUCCAGUGGGGGAACAUAUACGAUUGGAUACAUCUUCUAUGUUGUGUUUUCGGUCUUCUUUGCUGCGUGUGCUUGCUUUUUGGUGCGGAAAUAUGCCAUAUAUGCUCGACACAGUGGAAUCCCCGAAAUCAAAACGAUCCUUGGUGGGACUGUUAUCAAACAUUUUAUGGGACCAUGGACACUUGCCAUUAAAUCGCUCGGUCUGUGUCUGUCUGUCGCAUCAGGUCUGUGGCUAGGCAAGGAAGGCCCACUUGUGCACGUUGCAUGCUGCUGUGCAAAUAUCCUCAUGAAACCUUUCGACAGUCUGCGAGGCAACGAAGCCCGUAAACGGGAGGUCCUUUCAGCGGCUGCUGCAGCAGGUGUCUCAGUCGCAUUCGGCGCACCGAUCGGAGGUGUUCUUUUCAGUCUGGAGCAACUUUCAUAUUAUUUCCCAGACAAGACCAUGUGGCAAAGCUUCGUCUGCGCCAUGGUCGCAGCUGUCACUUUACAAGCUUUGAAUCCUUUCCGUACGGGCAAGAUUGUGCUGUAUCAAGUCACCUACACUCGAGGCUGGCACCGCUUUGAGAUCAUCCCGUUCAUUAUUCUUGGUAUCGUUGGCGGUCUAUACGGUGCAUUCCUCAUCCGCCUAAAUACAGGAAUAACAAAGUGGAGGCGAAGUCGAACUUCCUCGCGGCCAGUCAUUGAAGUGGUUGUUGUAGCUCUGAUUACAGCUUUGGUCAAUUAUCCGAAUCACUUCAUGCGGGCUCAGAACUCGGAGCUUGUUCAGUCGCUGUUCGCUGAGUGUAACAGUGUGACAUAUGAUCGAUUUGGUCUCUGUGCGACAGGCUCUGCCUCUGUCGGUGUGGCAAUUUACCUGGUUAUCGCUGCAUUGCUGGCCUUUUUCUUGGCAUCCUUGACAUUCGGACUUGACAUUCCCGCGGGUAUUAUUCUUCCAUCAGUUGCCAUCGGUGCUCUUUACGGACGUGCGCUAGGCAUCAUGGUCCGUAUGUGGCAGGAAGCCUAUCCGAACGCUUUCAUGUUCAGAAGAUGUGAGCCAGACAUUCCAUGCGUUACGCCUGGUCUAUAUGCGAUUAUCGGGGCUGCUGCUGCUCUUGGUGGCGCUACUCGAAUGACAUUGUCGAUUGUCGUCAUCAUGUUUGAAUUGACUGGCGCAUUGACAUAUGUCAUCCCGAUUAUGAUUGCGGUGAUGUUGUCUAAGUGGUGCGGUGAUAUCUUUGGAAAGCGAGGUAUCUACGAGUCAUGGAUCCGACUAAACGAGUAUCCUUUCCUCGACCAUCGUGAUGAUAGCACUCCGCCCGAUGUGUCUGCGCAUCAUGUCAUGACAACUGUGGAUGAUCUUAGUGUCAUCACUGCAACCGGCCACACUAUUGCUUCGAUUCGAAGCCUCCUAGCUAACACCACGUAUCGCGGGUUCCCUGUGGUCUCGGAAAACUCAAGUCCUAUCCUCUUAGGCUACAUCACUCGCAACGAGCUUUCCUAUGCUCUGAAAUACUCAACAAAUCCAACCACCCGCAACCUAUCGGAUGAAACACAGGUUUUCUUUUCACAUCAGCCUUUCGCGGAUCCUAUUGAUACCCUUGAUCUGCGACCUUGGAUGGACCAAACACCCAUGACCUUGAACAGUAACAUCACAUUCUUGAUUGUUCUGCGAAUGUUCCAACGUCUCGGCCUACGUUAUGUGCUUUUUGCCAAUAAGGGUAUUCUACAAGGCCUGUUGACCAAGAAAGACGUUUGGUCAGUGCUAAACGGAGUGGAGUAUCGCCGAGAAGAGGCACUUCGCGAUGUGCAGUAUGGGGAUUACGAAAAUCGUCACGAGGCUGAAGAAGUUGGCUUGCUCGAUGGGGAUGAUACGCCCGAUCUCAGUAGUUCCCUUAGGCGGGAUUCUCUUUGA